AUGCAAAAUUCCACUCCACACGGCCAUAAGCGAACCAAUGAUGGAAAUAAUGGCCCACACUCCUCAAACUCUGAAUCAACUUUGGAUUCCAAAACAAUCGCGCGACCAGCAAAAAAACGAUUUCCUACUGCCAGGGACAGACGGCAACAUGCUAAUCGACGCCAUGCAAAAGUCGCUGAGGAAUGGAAAGGCCGCAACGAGUCGGAAGAAUCAGUUGAUAAAGAUAACGAAUCCGCGUGUGAUGAAAAAGAUACUGAACAGGUCGAAAAAGGAAACGCAAAAGAACCAAGAAAGCCCAAACGAAAAGUUGCCGCUUUGGUGGGAUUUUGUGGGACUGGGUAUCAAGGCAUGCAAAUAAAUCCAAAUGCCAAAACCAUUGAAGGCGAUCUUUUUAAGGCUUUCGUAGCUGCUGGAGCAGUCUCCAAAGAUAAUUCUGAUGAUCCCAAGAAGGUUGGUCUCAUGCGAGCAGCACGAACAGAUAAAGGAGUACAUGCUGCCGCGAAUGCUGAGAUCAAAAUCCCUAUUGCUAUACGUGUCGUUCCACACAUGAUAGUCGACAUUCCCGACCUAGUACAGAAAAUCAACGAGAAUUUGCCCGAUCAGAUUCGAAUGUGGGGUUUCGUUCGUGUAAUUCGGUCAUUUCACGCCAAGACACUUUGCGACUCGCGCAUAUACGAAUACCUUGUACCAACAUAUGUUUUCCAACCGGCACCGACACCUACAUCUCCCAAAACUUUAUCCGUGUCUCAUGCUACCGAACCAGUGCUGCCCGAUGAACAGUCAGAGGAUGUUUCGUUUCGAAAGCCAUGGGUGAACAUACCGGUUGCUACUCUGGAGGAGAUGGCGGAAAAGAGGAAAUACCGCAUUCCUGCCGAUACAUUGCAUGUUGUCAGACAAGGUUUUAAAGAGUAUGAAGGAACGCACAACUUUCAUAACUUUACUAGUGGGAGGACGUACCAUGAACGAAGCUGUGACAGGUAUAUAGUAAAGUUUGAGGUGAGUUCGCCAAAGAUGAUUAAUGACACAGAGUGGCUCAAGUUGAAAGUUCAUGGUCAGUCAUUCAUGUUGCAUCAAAUAAGAAAGAUGGUUGCUUUAAUUAUCAUGAUUGUAAGAAGUGGCACCCCACUAUCUUUGGUUGCAAAAACUUUCAACAUUGACAAGAUUAAUAUCCCCAGAGCUCCAUCAUUAGGACUAUUACUCGAACAGCCUAUAUUUAACUCAUACAACAGAAAGGCAUCGGCAGGGGGGAAAGAGACGGUUGACUUUGCAAAGUAUAGCGUUAGUAUUGCAGAGAUAGUUCAAGAAAUAGAAAAAUUCAAAGAAGACUUUAUUUAUUCCAAAAUAUAUGAAGAAGAAUUUGCUGAAAAUGUAUUUCAGAAUUGGUUAAAUGCAAUAGAUGUGCAUUUCGAUGAUAGUUACUCUUACUUAAAUCCGGAAGGCAUAAUUCCUGAGAAAGCAAUUGCCAAGCCUGUGAGGGGUGACCAAAUCAAGAUGCAAACUGUCAACAUUAAUAUACUAUAG